CCACGUGGCGCUGCGAAGCCGGAUGCAGCUCUGGAGCAAGACGCCGCGCAGUUGCAGGCGAACGCGAACCUCCUGUGCUCGGACUUGACGAAGGUCCUCCACAAGAUGAAGCAGACCGGUCAGACGGGCUCCCCCGCGCUGUACGCGGACCUGGCGCACGUCCUCAAGGGCUUUCACGACAGCGACCUGGUCGACAUGUGGAUGCAGCAGAACCAGGCGAGCGGCGGCUACGGCGCCCUGGGGUUCAGCGGCUCCGCCGGCGGCUUCGGCGCGAAGGGCAUGGCCAGCGCUUGGGCGCAGGGCCACCAGAACCUCCUCGGCGCGGCCUACAUGAGCCCGUCGGGCUACCACGGGGCAGGCAUGGACGGCGUCGCCGAGAUGGAGCACCUCGCGGCUUCGGCCAUCUGGGGCCAGGACGCCUACUACGAGACCUUGUUCGACGAGCGCGCGGCGCCGCUGGGCCGGCCCGCGGCAGUCGCGCGGCGCGAGGCGCCAGAGCCGAAGCUUCUUUCGCCCAUGUACGCUCCGAAGAUGUCUUCCCUCGACGUCCUGCCCCCGUUCGAGCUGGCGUGA